GUGUAUGGUUUUGUCUUGACUUCGUUGCUCAACUUUUUCAGGUACUCGUCUGAGGAGGACUGCUAACGUUGCGACUGACUUGCGUGCUAAGUGAGACCAUUUAGUACUUGUUCCUAAAAUAAGUUCCCGAUCUCUAUUGACGAAACUCCCACUUGUGCAAACGCUACGGUACCCAUGGCAAGCAGUGACAUUCUUCAAGAGGUGGAAGCCUUUGUUUUCGACGUAUUCGGAACGACGGUGGAUUGGCAUACUACUGUCAGCAGGCAGAUUCAGCAAAGAAGCCAUGGCUUGAUCUCAGACUCUGGUGAUGCCGCAGCAUUCGCUGAAGAAUGGAGAGAUGGAUACAAGACGAACGUGAGGCGCAUUGCUGAAGGGGGAGAAGGUUCAUUGAAUAUCGACGUCGUUCACAGACAAAUACUCGAUACAAUGCUCGAAUCCCCGCGUUGGACUCAUUUAUCUUCGGUCUGGAGUGAAGAGGAACGUCAAGAUCUUUCCCAAAUUUGGCAUCGCUUAGAUGGUUAUUCGGACACUAGUAAAGGACUAGAGGCCUUAAAGAAGAAUAAGAUAAUAGCAACACUGUCUAAUGGGAACACAAGGCUUUUGAUUGAUAUGGCUAAACACGCCAAUCUUCCAUGGGAUGCUAUUUUUUCAGCUGAGAUGUUCAGUUCAUAUAAACCUAAUCCCAAAGUGUAUCUCGGCGCAGCAUAUCAUCUAUCUCUUCCACCUCACAAAAUAGCCUUGGUAGCUGCACACAUCUAUGAUUUACGUGGAGCAGCUAGCGCGGGGUUCAAAACUGUAUAUGUUCCUCGACCUUCAGAAGAUUCUCCUACCGUCAGAGCUGAAGUCCGGAUGAAGAAGGAUGGGGGUGAGGUAGACCUUAUCGUGGAAUCAUUCCUUGAGUUGGCACAGCUAGUAUCAGCCAAGGAAUGAACGGAAGGCACUCUUCAAUCAUCAUCAUCGCGUACCCGCCUUCUAUACUUCCUGUUGUAUUGAACUUUACAAGAAUGUGGAAGAUGAUAUUAGACACCGCAGAAAAAAGCAAUCAAGGUAGUGGUCGACCGUUACUAGUUAAGAUUAGAUGAAGGGAUGAUAUCAUGACAUCGGAGAUUACAGUACGCGCG